AUGAGAACUUUUAUCCUUGUUGAAAAAUCAGGCGAAAAGUUUUUGGAUUAGAUUCUUAGGCUGCAAAUUUUCUCUAAUUCAAAUAAAAACAAUAUUAGUGAGUGGAUGAUAAUGAAUUAUUCUAUAGCUUUGAUUAAUAGAGUUAUUAGUAGUGGUCUAUGUGAAAAAGAUGAUUACUUUCUUGAAUCUUGA